AUGAUGGCGAAUGAGCCGACGAAGUCCGACAAGAAAACCACAGCGACCCUGAUUCGGGAUGAGGAGAUGCAGCUGCAAGAAUUGGAAGUCGCCGAGACGAAGAUGAAAUCGGCGCAGGAGGAGCUGAGCCUUGAGCUCUACGUGGCUCGCGUUCUUCGGCGCACCUUGAACACCGUGACCCACCAGCGCGACGCGCAGCUGGUCGCCCACUGGCGCGCCGAGGAUUUCGAGCGGUUGGCCCCCGGCUACACCUGCCAGCACCUCUGCCAUACUCCGUGGUGGGGACAGCUCCGCGGAAUUUGCCCCGCC